AUGGAACCCCCGGCCCCACAACCUGUCAUAAACUUACCAGCGUUCAACAUACCAUUCCCACCCAAAUUAGAUCUAAAAUCUAAUCUUACACAAUCGUGGAAGCGUUUCAAACGGGUGUGGGACAACUAUGAAAUAGCUACGGGUUUAUCAACAAAGGAUAAAAGCUUACGUACAGCAACAUUUCUCACGUGUAUAGGCGCUGAUGCGCUGGAGAUUUUUGAGGGUUUUGAGUUCGAAACCGAAGACCAAGCUAAAGACAUUAACCUAGUAAUACAGAAAUUUGACACAUUUUGUGUAGAAAAAACAAACGAAACGUAUGAAAGAUACUGCUUUAACAAGAGAGACCAGGAACAAAGUGAAAACAUUGACACAUAUGUCUCCAUUUUAAGAACACUAGCAAAAACCUGCAAUUACGGUGCGUUAGAGGACGAUCUAAUUCGCGACAGGAAGGUGAUAGGCAUACGUGAUAACAACACUAGAAAAAAGCUGUUGCAAGAUGCCAAGCUGAAACUAAAUACAUGCAUUGACGUAUGUAGAGCAAGCGAGAAAACAUCCAAACAACUUCGAGAAAUUACUCAGGAAGAAGUCCAUGUGGUACGUAAACAUCAAACAAAGGGACAAAGACAGAAUGAAAAGUCGUUUAGUAAGUCGAAGUCGAAAAUUGAAUGCAAAUUUUGUGGUCGUAUACAUGCUCACAAAAAGGAAGCUUGUCCAGCUUGGGGUCAGACCUGUCACAAGUGUGGAAGAGACAACCAUUUUGAGAUAAAAUGUCAAGGUCGUGCACAACAGAAACCCGUACACAAACAGAAGUUAACAAAGAAGGUCCACUAUGUAGAUGAAGAUGACUACGACGAUGAGUUUGUGUUAACUAUUAGACAUGUGAAUGCUAUUAACGACUACAGCAAACGAACACAGGCAAAGAUGUUUAUUCAAGACCAAGAUGUUUUGUUUCAAGUAGACUGUGGGUCAACAGUGAACAUUUUGCCAGAGAAAAUGUAUAUGAAAAUCUUCAGAGAUAAUGAGCUGAGAGAUCUUGAGGAUACCACAAUACGACUUGUUAUGUUUAACAAAACGGAAACGAAGCCCUUAGGAAAACGGCGCGUGAGGGUCGUGAACCCAGCAACUGGAAAAAGAAACAGCGUCGAGUUUGUAAUUGUCAGAGGAAAUGUCCAGGCAAUACUAGGAGCACAAGCGUCUCAGCAAAUGGGACUGAUCACAGUAAACAAGAAUGUUUGUAUUCAAACCGAAGGACUCGAGCGUGUCCAAGCUGUAAAAACAGAUGACCAGGAUUUGACCUUGAAAUACAAUUCUGUUUUUGAAGGAUUGGGAAAACUUCCUGGAAAGCUACAGUUAGAGGUAGACAGGACAGUACAACCAGUACAGAUACCAACGAGAAAAGUUCCAGUAGCAGUUAGAGAGAAACUGAAAGAUGAACUUGACAGACUGAGCAAACUGGAGAUAAUCACACCUGUGAAAACCCCUACUGAAUGGAUUUCAUCGAUGGUAGUAGUGACUAAACCAUCAGGAAAGGUCAGGUUAUGUAUUGACCCGAAGCCGCUCAACAAAGCGCUGAAGCGUAACCACUACCCAACCCCAACUAUUGAUGCUAUUCUGCCAGAAUUACACAAAGCGAGGAUUUUUACUGUCGCAGAUGCAAAGGAUGGAUUUUGGCAGGUGGAGUUGGAUGAGGAGAGCAGCUAUUUAACAACAUUCGGUACGCCUUGGGGAAGAUAUAGGUGGAGACGGAUGCCAUUUGGUAUAAGUCCAGCACCGGAGGAGUUCCAACGUAGAGUGGACAAGGCGCUAGAAGGACUAGAGGGUACCAUGGCUAUACACGAUGACAUUCUUGUAUAUGGGUGUGGUGAGACAGAUGAAGAAGCUCUCAUAGAUCAUGACAAGAAAUUACAGGCUCUGUUUGAUAGAUGUCAGAAAAAGAAUCUGAAAAUCAACAAGGAAAAACUGAAACUGAGGUUAAAGUCUGUUACAUACCUGGGACAUGUAAUAUCAGCAGAAGGACUGAAAGUGGACCCAGCAAAGAUCAAAGCUAUUGUAGACAUGCCAACACCUACAGACAAGGCAGCUAUUCAAAGACUGCUGGGCAUGGUCAACUAUGUGCAGAAGUUUGCACCCAACAUAUCACAGGUAACUACAAUACUGCGUAACCUGCUGAAGAAUGAGAAUGAGUUUUGUUGGGAAGACAGCAUUCAUGGAGAAUGUUUUGAGAAAAUCAAGACUAUGUUGUCCGACACUCCUGUGUUGAGGUAUUUUGAUCCAGGAAAACCUAUCACUCUCCAAUGUGAUGCAUCAGAGGCUGGAUUAGGCGCAUGUCUGAUGCAGGAUGAUCACCCCGUCGCGUACGCGUCGCGAGCUUUGACCACAACAGAAAGAAACUAUGCGCAAAUAGAAAAAGAACUUUUAGCGGUAGUGUUUGGUCUGGAGAGAUUUGAAACCUAUGUAUAUGGCAAGAAAGUCCUGGUAGAGUCGGACCACAAACCUUUGGAGAUAAUAUGCAAGAAAAGUCUGGCGAGCGCGCCAAAGAGACUUCAAAGGAUGCUUCUACGCUUACAGAGAUUUGAAUAUGAGGUAGUAUACAAGCAUGGGUUGGAGAUGUAUAUGGCAGACACACUAAGCAGAGCAUAUCUACCAUAUCAGUCUGAAGAAAAGCAGAACAAUGAACAUGUGUUCACCCUUGACGAGGAAGAGAUAAACAUGCUACAACAUCUUCCAAUAAGUGAGAAACGACUAUCUGCUCUACAACAGGCCACAGAAUGUGACCAAGAUCUCUGCCUCUUAAAGUCAGUGAUCCGACGAGGAUGGCCAGAUAGCAAAGAACAAUUGCCUAAGGCUAUGCACAUAUAUUUCCCAUAUCGAGAGGAAAUGACUAUACAGAAUGGACUAGUGUUCAAAAACGACAGGGUCGUUGUACCACUGAGCCAGCGCCAUGACACGAUAGUGAGACUUCACUCGGGACAUGUAGGACUACAGAGUACCUUACGACGUGCACGAGAAAGCGUCUAUUGGCCAAACAUGUUCAAGGAUCUCGAAGAGUUUACAAAUGCAUGUGACACGUGCAACACAUUUGGAAGUAAACAACACCGUGAACCAAUGAUCAGUCAUGAGGUUCCAGCACGCCCAUGGCAGAAAUUGGGUUGUGAUUUAUUCGAGUUGAACCAGAAGAGUUAUUUAAUCACAGUUGAUUACUACUCUGACUUCUUCGAAGUUGAUCGUCUUACAACUAAGACAGGGAAAGAUGUUAUAAACAAGUUGAAAGCCCAUAUCGCGCGUCAAGGAAUUCCUGAUAUUCUAGUGACAGAUAACGGGCCACCUUUCAAUAGCCGUGAGUUCGAGAACUUUACUGAGAAAUAUGACAUAGAACAUGUCACAAGCUCACCGGGAUACCCACAAUCAAAUGGAAAAUCUGAGAAUGCUGUUAAAACAGCUAAGAGACUAAUGGGGAAGUCGCUCCACGACUCCACAGACCCAUACAUAGCUCUCCUGGAGUGGAGAAACACUACUACCGAAGGGAUAGGGUCAUCUCCAGCUCAACGACUCCUUGGAAGACGAGCUAAAACUCUACUACCGAUGUUGUCGAGGAAAUUAGAGCCACAGAUAGUGAAAAACACCAGAGAAAAACUCAUGGAAAGAAAGGCAAAAGAAACUUUUCACUACGACAGAAAGUCUCGUAGAACAGAUCUGAACAGUUUGAAACGAGGAGAUACUGUACGGAUCAGGCCAUUACGGAAUGGACAGACUAAUGGAUGGACAAAGGCAACGGUUGAAGGUCAGGUUGACAUCAGGUCGUAUAAGGUCCGCACGGAGGAUGGAAGGAGUUACCGCAGGAACAGAUUGGAUUUGAAACCCACCAAAGAAAGGAUGGUUGUCGAAAGAGACGACGUUGAAGUAACGCCAAGUGACGUAAGGCAAAACGACGUUGAAAUUAACUAUUCAUCUUCAAACCAUGUUGAUACACCACCCGAGGUGUACACUCCAGUGUCUAGUCAGCUUGAUGCGUCGUCAGUGUCUCAGCAGGCACUACUUUCUAAACAGAGGAGUCCGACGUCCGUUAAUCAGGAACCAGCCGCAGUAACACCAGUGAAAAUGACGACCCGGGGACGAAGUGUCCUGCCAAAACGGUUCAAGGAUUACCAGAUGUGA